AGAUGAAAAGCAUUUAACAGAAACAAAAUAACGAAAAAAUCUGAUUAAGUGCAGUAGGAAAAGUAAAAUAUGUAAAUGAAAUAAAAAUGGCUCCUAAAAUGAAGUUUUCUGAAGGUGAAAAAGUGUUAUGUUUUCAUGGACCUCUUAUUUACGAGGCAAAAUGUCUUAAGAGUUCGGUUACAAAAGACAAACAUGUUCGGUAUUUAAUUCAUUAUGCUGGCUGGAAUAAAAACUGGGAUGAAUGGGUUCCUGAAAGUAGAGUUUUAAAAUACAACGAGGCUAAUGUGCAGAGGCAGAAGGAGGUCCAGAGAGCGCAUUCAGCACAACCUGUCAAAACAAAGAAAAGUAUUUUUUUUUUUAAUUAUCAGUAUCCGCUUUUUUAAAUUAUAUAUGUAAUUAUCGUCGCCUCUCUAGGAAACUCCAUAAUAAUUAACAUUUCUUACAUCAUUUGUUUAUUAUUACUUUUACAAAAUGUAAAUUUUUAAUGUAUAAAUUAUUAAAAUUACUUCACAAUAGACCUAUUUCUUAUAAGUUGUACACCUUAUAUCUGUUUUAGUCAAAAUAACUAUAUGCAUACUCAAACAAAUUAAAGUUACAUGCUAAAAUCAUUGUAAUAACUUGAAAUAUUUAUAUUACUAUUUAUAUUUAUUAAUAUCACACUGGAUAAAUAUGAUAAUAAAGCGAGGCGGUUGCACUGUUACUCUAUCUAUAAAACAGUUUCCUAUUAUAAUACUGUAUAUCGAUGACGAAGUGCCAAUAUCUCAUACCUUAAAUAUGAAAGUUUUACAGGAAGUGAAAAAAACUUCUCAUAAUUUUAUUUUAAUUUUAAUUUUGAUUUCAUUUGAUAAAUUCACUUUAUUUUUGAAUGUAAAUACGGCCUGUUAAUUGUUUUUUCCUGUAAAACCAGUAUUUACUAAAAUAUUUAUACAUAGGAGGUAUUGCUUUUUGUUAAGUUACAUUUUGGUAAAUCGAGAGGAUAAUAGGAGCAAAUAAUAAAAGUAAAAUAAUAUGAAUACGUAGCUUUUAAUUAAAAGUGAAAGAAGAUUUACAAAAAAAUAUACCUACUUCAAGUGUUUUUAAUGUCUUAGUGUUCUAAAGUGCUUAUUUGGAUAUUAUUAUAUGGACAAAACAAGAAAAACAAUUAGUAGUAACUUAAAUAAGUAUAACUUUACGACAACAAAAUUGAACUUCUAACAACUCAAACAUUUUCAUGAACGAAACUUUAAAUUAUGGAACAUUAGGUUCUUAUCGCUUAUAAAUAAAAAAUAAUCAACAUCAUCAUCAUCAUCAUCAUUAUUACAGCCCUUCACAAGUCAACUGCUGAACAUAAGCCUUCCCCAAGGAACGCCACAAAGCACAGUCCUGAGCCACCCCCGCAUCCAUCGACUUCCUGCAUGUCUUACCAGGUCGUCACUCCAUCUAGUGGGGGGACGCCCUACACUUCGUCCGUCGGUACAAGGCCGCCACUCCAGAACCCUUUUUCCCCAUCGGUUGUCGGUUCUUUGAGCUAUAUGGCCGACCCAUUGCCACUUCAGCUUACUAAUCUGUUGGGCUAUGUCCGUUACUCUGGUUAUACUGCGGAUAUCCUCAUUUCUAAGUUUAUCACGCAGAGAAACUCCGAGCAUAGCCCUCUCCAUAGCUCGCUGAGUGACCUUGAGCUUCCUCAUCCGGCCAGCAGUGAAGGACCACGUCUCAAUUCCAUAAGUCAUUACUGGCGACACGCACUGGUUGUAAAGUCUCGUUUUUAAGUUUUGAGGUAUACCUGAUGAUAAGAUGUGCCGUAAUUUCCCGAACGCUCCCCAACCGAAUUGAAUCCGUCGAUUGAUCUCUCGGUCGAAGUUGGACUUACCUAGUCGGACUAUUUGUCCCAGGUACACAUACUCAUCAACAACUUCGAGCUUAGUGCUCCCAACAACUACUGGCAUAAGUGUGACAUGGACAUUAAACAUGAUUUUUGUUUUGUCCAUGUUCAUCUUAAGACCUAUCCGUUGGGAGAAACUGUUGAGGUCAUUGAGCAUAGUGCUUAGGUCCUCCUUCGAUUCUGCCAUAAGGACUAUAUCGUCGGCAAAUCAAAGGUGAGUGAUGUACUCGCCAUUGAUGUUAAUACCGUAUCCUUUCCAGUCCAGAAGCUUCAAAACGUCUUCCAAUGCAACGGUGAAGAGUUUUGGGGAUAUAACGUCACCCUGUCUUACACCUCUCUGCAAUUAGAUAGGUUUCGUACUCUGGUUCUAUACCCGGAUAGCCAUUGUAGCCCUACAAGUUAUCGGCACCCACGGAAGAUCAGUGUCGAAGUACUUUGUUAGUACCAAGACUAUGCUGAGUUGGGUACCUUUUUAGUAACCGUUUAUCUUAAUAUGUUAUUAUGGUUAGCAGCAAACUUCUAAAAUGUGUUACUAAAUAAACUUAUUUUCUUUCUUCUUCUUCUUCUUUCUUUCUUACUGUACAAGCACUUCAGCACUUCGAUAUACUGACAGCCAACUUGGCACCGCUGAAGGGACUGCAGCACCGCCCAAAUUUCGACGGAAUCAAAAGCUUUCUUAUUGUCCACAUACGCCAGACAUAGUGGGAAAUUGUACUCCUCGGACUUCUGUACAAUUUGCCGAAGGUGUAUGUAUGUGGUCUAUGGUGCUAAAGCCUUUUCGGAAACGGGUUUGUUCGGGAGGAUGGAAGUCGUCAAGUCUGCGCGCGAGACGAUUCGUAAUGACUCUCGAAAACAGCACGUAGACGCGGCUCAGAAGGGAAAUCGGUCUGUAGUUUUCAAGAAGGCGUUGUCACCUUUCUUGAAGAACAAGACCACCGCACUUCUGCCCCACGCCUCCGGUGCAAUGCCACCAUGCAGGACGGAAUUAAAGAGCUUCUGAAGGUUUUCGAGCACCGGUUUUCCACCCUCUUUCAGAAGCUCCGCUAUAAUUCCAACCUCGUCUGGGGCCUUCCCGUUUUUAAGGUGCUGGAGAGCCAUUCUAAUCUCACUCAGACUGACAUCCUGGAUAUCAUCGAAAUACAACAUCAACCUGGUACAAUAUAAAGUUAUUAAUAGCAAUUAAAUCAAAAAUUACCAAUAAACUUUUACUUAAAUUCUACCAUCUUUAACUUUUUAAGUAGAGUAUGGCAGACCAUCGUCAAAACUAUGACAAUCACUGGGUAAUACUGACUUUAGUUGCUGCAGAUGGAUGGGUGUUCGCUCUUAUUUUAUGCAUAAAAUGAUAUAGAAGGUAUUUCUUUUGUAAACUUAGGAUUUAUUUCCAGCAAAAUUUUAGAAAUAUUUUGUCAUCUUAAAAUAACAGUUAUUUCUAUUAGUAUUUUAAAGUAUAAAUAAUUAAAUAAUGUUUUAAAAGAUUUUGUUAGUACGUGCAAGAUAUUAUUUUACGUCGAUCUGCAUUAAAAUCUGAAAAUCGCUAAAACAAAGAUAGGUAUUGGUACUUCAUCGUCGAUAUGUGCGUCUGAUCUUUUGAACUAGUGAUUAAUAUUAUUAUAUUAUUCAGAUUAAUAUUAUUUUGAAUCAAAUAUGGUAGGUAAUCAUAAAAUAACAAUAAAAAUCAUCAUUAUCAUCAUCAUCAUCACAUCCUAUCAAUAGUGCACUACUGACAAUAGGCCUACCCCGUAGAUUGCCUUAUAGGGGGAUAUUUGACAUAGUUGUCACACUUAGUAGUCAGGUUGGACGAUGCUGCUGCUCAUCUGUUUCAUUUCAAUCAGACAUCUCGUACGAUACCCAUGUGAUGAUAUGGUGUAGUAGAUUGUCUUACACUGCCACUACACGGCUCAUGUAUGUUUAUUUUUUUUUUUUUACAAAACGUUACCCCCACACUAGGAUUUUCUCCUGUGUCGUGGAGGCAGUUUACAAACAUAAAUUGCACAAGGACAAACAUCCAGACCCGGAACAAUUAUUUGUAGGCCAUACAAAUACUUGUUCCGUGCGAGAUUCGGACCCGCGGCCCCCAGCGCAACAACUGAUUGCUAAGCCACUGCGCCACGGAGCCGGAGCAAAAAUGUGAAUGUGUAUAAAACAAAACAAGCUACUACCAAAACAAAAGCUAGGUGGCGCUACGGCUGCGCCCAUUGUAUAUACCAUUGAAUAUACUAGUCUGGUAUUCUUUCCUCUCCACUUAUCUGAUCCUAGCAUAACUAUGUCUUGACAAACAAAUAAAAAAACAAACUUAUUGUGUUAAUAUGACUUCAAUAAGUCAAGUUGUUCAGUUGUUGCUAGUCAAGUAUCAACUAUUAUGUAUUGUAUUUCAAGUAGUAAUUAAAAAGUAAUAGUAAUAAAUAACUACGAUUAGCAAUUUCAAGCAAGUUUACAGCAUUAACUAACUCUAAGGCUGAGUUCUAUGGACUAUACUUUGACUUUGCUGACUUUACUUACGAAAAAUUUAACUGAGUAUACGCUUAGCAUAAUCUUUUGUUCUGAAUUUAUAGUUGUAUCGGGCUAAGAUUAAGCUUAUGCUAAGGCCCAGACAAUCAAAAAAUUAAUGGAUGUUUUAUUCCAUGCAUUAUGUUCUGUGUUUUAUUCCAUGGAUUUUUAUAGGAAGGGUAAAACGUCUGCCUGGCGAGCAGUUAUUAUAUGAAAUAGAAAAGGGCGUAUGAGAACGGGAAAGAAUGAGAAGAGCGCAAAAUCAGAAAAAAAUUAAAAAAGGUUUCAAGAAAUUCAAAAUAAGUUUGAAAUACACAUAUACACGUGGUAGAGCCAAGCUGCAGCUAGCUAUAUUAGUAGUAUAGUUGUAGCACGAAUGGGUCGACUCGACCAGGGAUGGGACCACACUCUCACAGAAUACCAACGUAAAAUAGCAGCUUAACACUGCUGUGUUUUGUAUGGUGAGUGUAGAGAACCGGAGACUCCUUUUACUGGAAAAGAAGCAUUCCAUCGUAGUCCCCGCGGGUGACAACGCAUCCGCAUUUUAAUUCUUUAUUGAGGAUAGAUGUAAAUAUCUAUGGGUCACAGCAACCACUUACCAUCAGGUGGUCGUUUGUCACCCUAUCUUAUAAAAAAAACAUUACGUUAAUAGAAAAUGGAUUAUUGCUAUUUAAAUAUAGAAGACAGCCUAAAAGUACCAUUUAAUGUUAUGAAUAAUUUUUGUAACAUAAAAGCCACAAUUUAAAAUUAAUAUUGAAUCCUGUAAUUCAUAAAAUUAAAACUAAACCCAAGCAUACCACUGUAAGACUUCAAGACACAGUUAGUUCAUUCUGCGUAGAUCGGACCAAAAUUAAUAAUUAAAAAGCUGAAGGUACUCCGGGUUAACUUUGACAUCGGGACGUCAAUCACCUCAGUCCCCCGUGACCACGGUUGCUGGAAAGCAACCGAAACGUCGGGAAUAUAAAAUAAGUAAAUUAAACGCGAUAAAAUCCGUAAAAAUAGUUUUAUUCAAUGUGUAGUGUUCGCGUAAAUAUAAGAAAUCAUUAUUAAAAUUAAUACGUGGUGGUUUUGGAUAAUAUCCUAAGUUUUACGUAAGUCAUCGAUUUCUUUGACUUAGGCUUUGCUAAGCAUGCACUCAGCAUGACUUCGAAGUUAGCUCUAUAAAUACCGACAUUGUCUUAACUCGAAAGUAGUCUGAGCAAAGUCAAAAUCUAUAUCUCAGCCUAAAAGGGGCCUAAACCUAAAGAGUAGUCUUGUUUGCGUAUAAUAUAAAAUUAUGAUGUGAUUUUAACGUAUUGCCUGGAAAGAUGAACCCCCUGGUCUAAAAAUUAUAUUUCCUCAUCUGGAAAGAUGAACCCCCUGGUCUAAAAAUUAUAUUUCUCUUCAUGUAUAAAUUUCAGCUUAUAAAUUUUGAGUUUUACUUGCGUUAUGCCUUAUAUCAAAGUUUCUCAGAGUUGCCAGCCCGUGUAAUUAAGCCUGACUAUGAUAACUUAUUUCUAUUCUUCAAUUACUCUCAGCUACCGCUAAGGGACGCAAAUCGGAGACGGCUACAGGCGCUACUCCGGCUCGGGAAGAAUCCAGGGCAUCCACACCUGCAGGUAAAUUAAUCUGUGCAUUAACAUGAUAAUCAUAUAAUGAUAUUAUGUUCAAAUAAGUCCACAUAUGACUUCAACAAUAUUGGGCUAUUUAAUCAUGUGCAGUAGAAGAAACAAAAUAUUAUAGGAUAACAAAGCAGACAUAGAACUAGUGCGGCCAGAUCAAACAAGCUCAUUUAGCAGUAACGGAGGUACAAAAAGAGUUAAGAUUUGUUAAAAUGACCACAUCAAAAAUGUGAUAGAUUUCGUGCUAACUUUGAACUUCGUCCGUAUUAUUAUUAAUAUUCGGUCCGUAAAUUGUU